CUCCCCCAGGCUCAUAUUUCCUCUGCAUGCGGACACAAGACUGCUCUCUGGAAACUGUCAGCGACCCGCAGAAGAGUGAAGUUCAGGAGCUCUGUCGACUUGGGCAAGGCAGACGGCCGACCUGUAGGGGACAGACUGCAGACAUGGACAGUGAAAACAUGAUGAAGGAAGUUCAAGACAGGCUGAAAAGUCACUUUCAAUGCAAGUUCACGUGGAUAAACGAGGGGACGUCUGACGGCCGCUCGCGACUCGACCACGUCUACACCCGGCUCUACAUCACUGAUCCGGCCUCGCAGUUCGACUUCAGAUCACACGAGAUACUCGACCACUUCAAAGUCUCAGACCAGACGGGGCAGACUACCAGGGGCUAUGAGCAGAUCGACUGCCAGGACAUUUUUACAACAGGAAGAAAGAGUUUCCAGCUCCCUGUGGGAGACGGACCUAUCCGCACAGUGAUGACGAAAGGCAUUGCCGGCAUUGGGAAGACAUUCGCUGUUCAGUUCUUCACUCUGAACUGGGCAGAAGGAAAAUUUAACCAGGACAUCGAUCUGAUUUUCCUGCUUCCCUUCAGAGAGCUGAACAUGCUGAAACAGGGAGAGUACAGUCUGAUGCAGCUUCUCCUGCACUUCUACCCUCAACUGAGCCCACUGGAAAACACCCCACAUCUCACCAGCAUGCACAUCCUGGUCAUCUUGGACGGUCUGGAUGAGAGCAGAUUCCCCCUAGACUUUGAUGGAGGUGGAAGAGUGAGUGACAUCGGCCAAAAAUCCACAGUCAGCGUGCUGCUGACCAGUCUCAUCAGGGGGGAUCUGCUGCCCAACGCACGGCUCUGGAUUACCUCCCGGCCGGCGGCGGUCCGCCAAGUUCCUGCUCGCUACAUCGACCAGAUGACAGAAGUCCAAGGCUUUACUGAUCAAGACAAAGAGAUUUACUUUAGAAAGAGAUUCAACGACUCUGCAGAAGUCCUGUCUUAUCUCAAACGUAUGGUCAGCUUCUACUUCAUGGGACACAUCCCCAUCUUUUGUUGGAUCCUUGCUGAGGUGUUGAAGAACGGAGAGGAGAGGAGCCGAAGCAUCAGAACAAUGACCGAGCUCUACAUUCACUAUUUACUCAUUCAAGUACGGACAUCCGAGCAGAAGUAUGGAGAGAAGGACUCAAAGGACGAGGCUAAACAUGGUCUGUCGAGGUCACAGAACGCCGACAUGGUUUUGAAUCUGUCCAGGCUGGCGUUCGAACAGCUACAGAAAGGAAAUAUUCUUUUCUACGACAAUGACCUCCAGGAGUGUGGCAUCAACGUCGAUGAAGCCUCUGUGUUUUUUGGGUUUUGCUCAGAAAUCCUGAAGCAGGAACGCGGCCUGUACCAACAGAAGAUGUUCAGCUUUGUGCAUUUAAGCUUCCAGGAGUUUCUGGCGGCUCUUCACGUGUUUCACUGCUGUGCCACCGAUCGCAGCACCCUGACACCUUUCCUCGGUGAGGACGUCACAAACUUGAGCUGGCUAGAGCUGCAGAAGAAGGUGAUGGAUAAAGCCCUUCAGAACGAGAAUGGGCAGUUCGACCUUUUUCUCUGUUUCUUCCUCGGAUUGUCACUGGAGUCCAAUCAGACGAUGCUGCAGGCAUUACUGCCAGAGACGAACAGCAGUACAGACACCUCAGAGGAAAUGAAGAUGUACCUGAGAAGCUUCCACACAGGAAACCUCUCAGCAGAGAAGUUAAUGAACCUGCUUCUUUGGAAGUUUGAGCUGAAAGAGGAGCGAUUUCAGGAGGAAGUCCUCAACUUCCUGAACGGAAACACUGCAUUACUCCCAGUCGACUGCGCUGUGCUGUCCACCGUUCUGCAGAUAUCUGGAGAGGUGAUUGAAGAACUAGACCUGACCAGCUGUCUUCUACCACAUGAGGGGCAUGAGAAGCUUCUGCUGAAUGUAAAGAAGGUUUUACUGAAACAACCACACAGCUUUUCUGUGAGACUGCCUUGCCUCUUCACCGCUCAGUCACACCUGCGAGACCUCAGUGUGGAGUGUUUUCCUUCUAGCUUCAUUGAAGACCAUCGCAAGCUCUUUGCUUCUCUGGAUAGUCCGGACUGUAAACUGGAGAGUCUGAGAUUGACUGGGUUCUUUCUGAAUUUUCUGUUUUGCCAUGCGCUGUUCUCCGUCCUUCAGUCCAAACAAUCCGCUCUGAGAGUUCUGGACCUGAAUAACUGCAGAUACAGUUAUCAGUGUGAAGCAGACAAUCCUAUGGCACACUCUGAGGACAAGCUUUCUGAAAAGCCCAAGACAAUGGAAAGCCGUGAGGACAUCGAUGACGAGUUAACCCUGCUCACUCUGAUUCCCACUGCCUUGAUCGGUCCAGUCUGUGAACUGGAGGAAUUCAGGAUGCCCGGCUGCUGCCUGAGAAGUAGAUGCUGUCAGGUGUUCGCCUCGGCUCUCUGCUCCAACUCCCAGCUGAAGGAGCUCGACCUGAGUCGAAACCCGCUGCAGGAUUUAGGAGCUCAGCUGCUCUCUGCUGGACUCGGAAGUUCAAAAUGUAAACUGCAGAUCCUCAGGUUGUCGAGUUGUGGGAUCACAGAGGAGGGCUGCACCUCUCUGGCCUCAGCUUUGAAAUCCAACCCUUCGCAUCUGAGAGAACUGGACCUGAGCUACAACUACCCAGGAGAGCUUGGGGUGAGGCUGCUCUCCGAGAGGCUGCAGAACCCCGAAUGCAGCCUGGAGAAACUCAAUGUGGACCAUAACGAAGAGCACUGGGUGAACACACAGCUUCUCGCUCAGUUCGCCUGUGAUCUGUCAGUGGACCCGAGCACGGUGCACAAAUCCCUCAUCCUGUCCGACUGCGGCAGGACGGUGAGCCGUACCAAGAAUCCUCCGAAGAUUAUCAGGACAAAGCCUCGGGUGCUGUGCAGGGAGGCUCUGACCGGGCGCUGCUACUGGGAGGUGGAGUGCAAUGGGUGGGCGAGUGCCGGCGUGACCUAUAAAAGUAUACCGAGGACGGGACCGUUGAAAUCGAGUAUUGAAAGGAGAGAUGACUUCUGGUUGGGCAUCACCACCUCAUCAGUAGGUUUCUACUUGGAACACCACAACAAGAGAACAUACAUACCAGCUUCUCAGGGGCACACCAAAAAGUUCGGGCUCAGAAACACGAGACUGGGACUGUUUCUGGACUGGCCAGCCGGCAUGCUGUCUUUCUAUCAGCUGUCAGGAGAAACCAAGACUCUCAUUCAUACCUUCCACACCACCUUCACGGAGCCCCUAUACCCAGAAUUCAUUGUGGGUUUUGGGACUGGGACCUUGACUCUGUGCAGUGUGGAGAAGCCGAACACGGACAAGGUUCAGACAAGUUUCACUCCAGAGGUGAAAAAAGAGAAGAUGGGAUUAUCCUACAGGUUCAGGUUCCCUGGUCCUGGUCUGUUCCACUGCUCGUUGACUGAUCUGGUGUUCAGUGUGACUCACGAGAGCGAAGCCACCUACGAGAUGAUGGUCUGGGAUGAGAUGCAGCUUCAGUCGGCUCAUAAGGUUCCAGGAGGAGCUCUGUUCAGCAUCACGUGUCCAGAGGAGUCCAUCAGACAGCUGCACCUCCCUCACUGCGAGCCUGAACCCGCGUUGCUCUCCGACUGCCUCUCUGUGGCUCACAUCACUGAUGAAGGCAUGAGCUUCAUCCAGCCUCUGGAGGUGACCGAAACCCACGUGGUGGUGGAUGUACCACACCUUUCAGCCCUCGGCAUCCUCUGGGACUUCUUCAAACGCUUUGUGGAUUUCGUAAUGAAACCGAUUCGCAGUCAAAUCCUGCUCUUCCAACCGAUGCAAAGACAGGGUUUCAUCCUGUGGGUGAUUCUGCUGCCCAGCAACGUGCCGCUGAGCGAGGUGAAAGCUCAGCUGGAGAACUGUGAGCACAUCCAGGCUCCGUCCUUCUGUCUGCUGCACCCAGGCCAGUAUUACAGCCUGUGCAGCGAGCCGCAGCCGCAGGACUUCAGCAUAACGCCUGCACGUGCAGAAUUCUUUGGAAACUACGGACCAAACUACCACCCAACAUUUGAAAUGUUCAUGAAGUCGGAGGCAGACAAAGUGACCCUGAUGCUGCGAGAUGCAGAGACAACCCAAGUGUGGGAGCACCAGCUCCACCUGCCUGCCAUACUUGUGUCGACCCCGGCAAGCAGAAACCAGCCACGGCUGGCGAGCAACAUCACAGCCCAGGAGAAGCUGUUUCAGGUCCGCUCCAGCUUCGUGGAUAAGGUGUCGGACCCGGUCCUGAACAAGCUGCUGGACGAGCUGCUGCACUGCGGCGUGCUGACCGACAGUGAGAACGAGGUGCUCAGAGCCAAACCCCGGGCGGACAAGGCGCGGGAACUCAUCGACACGGUGCGCAAGAAAGGAGUCGACGCCAGCACCGAGUUAAUCAAAGUCCUCAAAGCCAACGACCCGUAUUGCUGCCGAGAGCUCGGCCUGUGUUGAGAGCCGUCAGGAGCAGAACGACAGUAUCAUCAAUAAUAAUGUAUUAUUCUGUCAAUAUUCCAGUUAAUAAAGAGUUAUUGCCUGCAUAUAAACGUACUCAAUCUCGUUCAAAGCAUGGACGAGAAAUCUCGCGGCAUUGAGAUCUCGUCCCAUCCCUAAUAAUUCAUCAUCUCAAACUUACUUUGCCGGUGUGAUGCAAAAGUAUUUACCCUCGAAAAAACUGUAUCCCCUGCCACAGGAGUGUUUAUGCAUUCAGCAGGAUGGAGCUACAAUUCUGUGUUUAAAGAUCAUUUUAAGUUACUAUACAUGAAUAAAUGCUGUUG